GGAAGGGGGGAUGCAGAGGUCUCUAGGACCCAGCAGGCGGCGGCAGGCGGCAGUUGUGUAGAUCACUGAGAGACUACGAGGGUCCGGCUCAGUUUUAAUUCAGUGUCUAAUCUCUGCAACAGCGGCGCUUCCUGGGUCCCGCGGCUCUCCGGCUCAGUGAGCCCCGGCUGGCCGCCAGGCGAGCACCAGAGCCGCCCCUCCUGCCCCCUCACCCACCAUGGAAACCCUCCAAGAAAAAGUGGCCCCGGACGCGCGUGUCUGAGGAUUCUGCACAAAAGCGGUGCCCAAAAUGAAGACCCUGAUGCGCCAUGGUCUGGCAGUGUGUUUAGCGCUCACCACCAUGUGCACCAGCUUGUUGCUCGUGUACAGCAGCCUCGGCGGCCAGAAGGAGCGGCCGCAGCAGCAGCAGCAACAGCAGCAGCAGCAGCAGCGGCAGCAACAGCAGCAACAACAGCAGCAGCAGCAACAACAGCAGCAGCACCAGCAGCAGACGGCAGCGACCGGCCACACGCAGCCCUCGGUCGACAGCAGCCCCCAGCCGCGCCCCGGGCCGCCCGCGGCUCCGCGGCCGCUGGAUGGAUACCUCGGCGUAGCGGACCACAAGCCCUUGAAGAUGCACUGCAGGGUCUGUGCCCUGGUGACAAGCUCGGGACAUCUGCUGCGCAGCCGCCAAGGCCCACACAUUGACCAGACCGAGUGCGUGAUUCGCAUGAACGACGCUCCCACCCGCGGUUUCAGCCGCGACGUGGGCAACCGCACCAGCCUGAGGGUGAUAGCACAUUCUAGCAUCCAGAGAAUUCUCCGCAACCGCCACGAUCUACUCAACGUGAGCCAGGGCACCGUCUUCAUCUUCUGGGGCCCAAGUAGCUACAUGCGGCGCGACGGCAAGGGCCAGGUCUACAACAACCUGCAGCUUCUGAGCCAAGUGCUGCCGCGGCUCAAGGCCUUCAUGAUCACACGCCACAAGAUGCUGCAGUUCGAUGAGCUCUUCAAGCGUGAGACGGGCAAGGACAGGAAGAUCUCCAACACUUGGCUCAGCACUGGUUGGUUCACAAUGACAAUUGCACUGGAGCUCUGUGACAGGAUCAAUGUUUAUGGCAUGGUGCCUCCAGACUUCUGCAGGGAUCCCAAUCAUCCUUCAGUUCCUUACCACUACUAUGAACCUUAUGGACCUGAUGAAUGUACAAUGUACCUCUCCCAUGAGCGAGGACGGAAGGGAAGUCAUCACCGCUUCAUCACAGAGAAACGAGUCUUUAAGAACUGGGCACGGACAUUCAAUAUUCACUUUUUUCAACCAGACUGGAAACCAGAACCACUUGCUAUAAAUCAUCCUGAAAAUAAACCUGUGUUCUGAGUGUGCCAGUCUAAAA